AUGCGUGAGUUGGGCACUUCACAGCAGUAUCUCCGGCCGGCGAGCAGCUGCUCGCAAAGCGGGAGCGUCAAUCAGCUUCUCCGCAGGCCCCAGCUGCAUUUAAACAGCGACUCUGAUGACGACCACCCCCUGGGACCACCGAAGUUGAGCAACUUUGGGUCGGCGUUGCUCACGGACAAGGAGAACGAAACCCCGACCUAUCUGAGGCGCAGUGGGACGUCUCUACAAGGGGGUAACGCGACCGCGACGAGCGGGCAUACGAAGCCGAGCACGUUCACUGGCACGAUGAACACGGAGGACUCGCACUCGACGUUGUUCAGCUCCAUGUCGAAGCAUCAGCCUAGCAUGACGACGGUGGACGCGGAGCGCACGGCUCCGGGCGACGACGGACUUAGUUCGCACCGGUAUCAGGUGAUACAGCAGUCGAUGAAGGAUGAGAUACUAUCAAGACAAGGCACACGUCGGAGCCGGAGGUUCAUUACAUCACGGCUUGCGACGUUGGGCCCGGCAAAACGGAACUCUACCACGACAAACUUUGAGUUUUCGUCCAACAUCAGCCAUGAUGAAUCUAGAGAUGUGUCCCACCAGGAGGGCAAUGUUUCCACCUCUUCCAACAGCAACAGUGGUGUGCUUAACAACAAUGGGUACAAUGUUUUCCUUGACACGGAAGAACGCGCAAGACACGACGACAAGGAGAGCCACAGUGCAGCCCGUCAAUCUGGCCUAAGUGACUACGGAAACAUCUCAUUUGGAGACUUGAACCCUUACCAAUACUUGAAGAAGCACAACCUACCAACUAGCGAGCUCCCGAACAUUUCACGAAUUUACUUCGAGAUGCAGAAAAGGGAAAAUAGGAGGGCUGCAGUACGAAAGAAUGUACUCAAUGGCAGCGGGGGCCAGGUGGCACAGCUUCCUACGAAUAAUUCUGCCAUAGCUUCCACCGCUGUUGCAUUGAAAGAAGCCAACGGUAUUGCCUCUAUUAGCUCCGGUAGCAAUAAGCUAACUCCACCACAGGCUGCUAAUUCGAUGAUCAAAAGGGAUAGGCAGCCCCGGAGGAAGCACAGCGAUGCCUCCGUAAGCUCUUUCUCUAAAUUACUUUCUUCUCCUAUAUCUGCAGGGGCACCCAACUAUGCAGACUCCCAGAAACAUACACCCGUACAGAAGAAUUCUACUCCUUACGAACCACUUUUAAUUAAUCAGAAUACCAAGAAAAGGGAGGCACUGAAUAGCCUGGAUGUCAACGCAAACCGCCAUCCUUCAAUAAUAACCAAGAAACAGAAAGUGGACGAGUUACAUGACUACCUCAAGAAAGCCCCUGCCGCGGCGUCCGUGAAGAAGGUAGAAAUUGUCGAACCAGUCAGAGACCCUGUAAUUACAACAAUUCCCUUAAAACCCCCAUCUGCAGAGGUACCAGCUAAUGUACACCAGUUACCCCAAAGGAAGAGACAGGUGAUUACUGUAAAUGGGUCCGAAUAUGAGAAGGUAGAACUAUUGGGAAGAGGAGGCUCUUCAAAAGUUUACAAAGUUCGCAACUCAAGUAAUAGGAUAUAUGCACUCAAGAGGGUCUCCUUUGAUGAAUUUGAUGAUGCCAGUGCUGAUGGAUUCAAAGGCGAAAUUGAACUUUUGAAAAAGUUGGAAAACCAGACUCGUGUUGUCAAAUUGAUCGAUCAUGAAAUGAACCAUGGUGUCCUAUACGUGGUUAUGGAGUGCGGCGAUCACGAUCUCUCACAGGUGCUAGCGCAGCGGUCAAGUAUGCCGCUAGACAUCGAAUUUGUGCGGUACCAUGCGCAGGAGAUGUUAAAGUGUGUCAAGGUUGUUCAUGAUGCUGGUAUUGUGCAUUCCGACUUGAAGCCUGCCAAUUUUGUCUUUGUCAAGGGUAUCUUGAAGAUCAUUGACUUUGGCAUUGCCAACGCAGUUCCCGACCACACAGUGAACAUUUACCGUGAUACACAGAUCGGUACCCCAAACUAUAUGGCACCAGAAGCGUUAGUGGCGAUGAACUACACACAGGACUCAGACCAAAUUCAACAGGAAAUGCAUCAUAAUAGAUGGAAGGUUGGCAAGCCCUCAGAUAUCUGGUCUUGUGGUUGCAUAAUGUACCAAAUGAUAUAUGGGAAGCCACCUUAUGGGAGCUUUCAAGGCCAGAAUAGGUUACUAGCAAUAAUGAACCCAGAAGUGAAAAUAGUAUAUCCCGAAAAGACACCUACAGGGGACUUUGUCCCACGUACUGCAUUGGAUACUAUAAAGGCAUGUUUAGAAAGAAAUCCGGAAAGGCGUUGGACCGUGGAUGAGUUGUUACGGGGCCCCUUCAUUAAACCAAUUACCGUUACUCAUUUCUUUAUUCGCGAUUUGAUUAAAAAUGCGGUAAAAUAUGGUUCUGAUCAGAGGUAUGUUUCUAAGGAAAAGGUUGAGGACUUGGCAGAUGAUGUUUGGCAUAGGUUAAGUGAUUUUAGAUUGUAA